CGAAUAUAAAUACCAAAAAUGAAAGUAAAAAUUCAGUACGGAUCCGGUAUUGUGAACUGCUUCAUGCUUACUUCUGAUAUGAACAACGGUAAGUUCGGUAGCGCUUCGUACUACUUCAUAAUUGGCAUUUUACGAAGAAGAGAAAGAACAUGAUAAAUAAAAAAUCAUUUAACAUAUCUUUCAAGCAUUCGAUUUAAAAAUUUCCAAAUAACGGUGCGCAAUGGAGAUGCCUGAGAAAUACGUCAAAGCAAAUGCCAUGCCACGUCGCGAUGUCCUGGACAUUAUCGAGGAAUUUAGUCCUGAACUAUCGCAGAUACAAGAUAAAUGUAUCGAUAUAGGAUCCGGUUCUGGUGACAUUACCAAGGAUUUGUUAUUGCCUUUAUUGCCGCAUGACGUCGAGGUAGUAGGCGCGGAUAUAUCACAAGCGAUGGUAAAUUACGCCCGUAAGAAUAACAGUAAGGAACGACUAUCAUACAUCGUCCUGGAUAUCGAAGGAAAAAUGCCAAAUGAGCAAAUCGGACAAUACGACUGUGUUACGUCCUUUUAUUGUCUGCAUUGGCCUUACGAUUUAAGGUACAUUUGAUAUUUCCUUUGCUAGAUAACAAUUGAGGAAGAGAAGCUUUCAGAAAUAAA